AUGGCAGCUAGUGCAUCGCGUCCCCUCCGGAAAGCUCCAAGUGCUGCGUGCAUCGAGCGCUUAUGCAAGUCGACGGCGUUCCGACUAUUCUCUCCCUCCCUGCCUCUCCCUCUUGCUCCUCUGACGGCUAGGGACUCCAAGUCCCAUCAUGCAUCGCGGCGCGGCGCAGACUACAGCUCCCGGCAUGCUGCCUUUGGCCCCGCCUUCCGCUCCCGCGACUUCUCCAAUCAGGCGGCGCCGCGGGCAGCUCCGUCCACGUCGGGGUCCUCGCGCGGCCCGGCCUCCUUUGAACGGCUGUGGCGGGCGGGCAAGCGGCGGACUGCGGCUGCUGCUGCUGCUUCUGCCGGCACCAUGGCCACGGCCUCGGCUUCGGCCGCCGCCAGCGCCCCGCCGCCCCCGCCACCUCCGCCGCCUUCGGCCCCGGGCCCCGGGAGCGCCCGCUCCCCGGCCAGCGCGGAGCGAGACCUGCUCUGGCGGGUUCUCGGCUGGAGAAUAGUCACCAGCGUGCUCUGCUCUGUCCUGCUUCUGCCCGUCUGUACCACGGCCUUCAUCGUCUUGAGCAGCCUCAACGUCCUGCACCCCGUCCAGUGGAUCUCAGACGCUCUGCACGACCUCUGUGGCUCCUGCGUCAUCUUCUACCUCCUGCUGCUCUCCGGGGUGGUCGUCGUCAUCAGCGUUUUCAAUGUCGAAUUCUACACGGUGGUGCCGUCCAUCCCCUGCUCCCGCCUGGCCCUCAUCGGCAAGAUUGUCCACCCCCAGCAGGUGAUGCACUCCCUGGUGCACUCGGCCAUGGGCAUGUUGAUGACCUGGUGUGCGGCCGUGAUGACCAAGGACCGGUACCACGUUCUGGCGGUGCCCUGCACCGACUCGGACAGCUUGGACGGCCAGGCUGCCCGGGCCUGCCUGAAUGAACAUCACCUCUUCCUCCUGUUGGCCGGAGCCUUCAUGGGCUACAGCUACAGCCUCCUCUAUUUUGUGAACAACAUGAACUACCUGCCCUUCCCCAUCAUACAGCAAUACAAGUUCUUGCGGUUCCGGAGAGCCCUGCCCCUGCUCCUCCGGCACAGCGCCGUGGAAUCCCUGUACCUGGUCAGGAACUUCUGCGGCCUCUACUAUUUUCUGGGUUAUAUCCCCAAAGCGUGGAUCAGCACUGCGAUGGACCUCCAGAAAGAUGAGAAGCAGCCCCCCCUGGACAGCCUGAGUGGACUCUUGGACCUCUCCCUCCUCUACCACGUGUGGCUCUGUGGGGUCUUUGUUCUGGUGCCCUGGUACAUCACGUGGGUGCUCUUCAAGAUCUAUGCCACGGAGGCUCACGUCUUCCCCAUUCAGCCCAUGUUUACUGGAGAUUCGGAGGAAUGCUUGCCCAGAGUCCUCAAUGGCAACUCUCCCCUCAUCAUAAAGUAUCUGGCCCUGCAGGACCUCAUGCUGUUGUCUCAGUACUCUCCUUCUAGGCGACAAGAAGUGUUCAGCCUCAGCCAACCAGGGGGGCACCCCCACAACUGGGUGGCCAUAUCUCGUGAGUGCUUGGCUCUGCUAAACGACCUGACUCAGAAGCUUGUGAUGUACCAAGAAGCUGCCGCUACCAAUGGACGAGCGAAGCCCCCGCCCAGCCCUGUGGAGCAGAAGAAGCCUGCUGUGAUGGAAGAAGAAAUUGCCUUCCAGACUCCCAAGGCCGGUCUGAUGUCGAAGGCUUUGAUGCCGUCCCUGGUAAAAGCGUCCCUCUUUUCUUCCAAGUUUGCUUCUCCCGAGGCCCCGGGCCCGAUUGGCUCUCCCUUUGGGGACGGCGUCGGGACUAGACUGAUGGGGAUCGUCGACUUCAAGUCCCCCCCACACGAGGGUCCCCAGAGUCCACAGCUGACGAGAAGAGGACCCAGACUGUGGACUUCACUGGCAGAACUGCAAAACAACGGGCCCCAGAGCCCCCGAUUGUCACCUCCCCCCGCUCAUCAUGGGGCCAAACACAGAGGCCGAGACCCGCCCCGGAAGCUGUAUUUGUGGCUGCAGAGUAAACAAGAGCAGGUGAAGAGCUUCCUGUCCAGGCGGGUGCUGAUUGUCUACUUUUUCAGCAAGCACCCAGAAGCCUCCAUCCAGGCAGUUUUUUCAGAUGCCCAGAUGCACAUCUGGGCAUUAGAAGGUCUGUCCCACUUGGUAGCGGCAUCCUUCACAGAAGACAGAUUUGGAGUUGUCCAGACCACACUUCCCACCAUUCUGAGCACUCUGCUGAUGCUGCAAGAGGCAGUCGACAAACACUUCAAGCUGCCACACGCAUCCAGCAGACCACCCAGGAUCUCGGGCAGCCUCGUGGACACUUCCUAUAAGACCCUGAGGUUUGCGCUGCGGGCGUCGUUGAAAACGGCCAUCUACAGGAUAACGACCACCUUUGGGGAUCAUCUCAACGCGGUGCAGGCAUCUGCUGAGCAUCAGAAAAGACUGCAGCAGUUCUUGGAGUUCAAAGAAUAGUUAAGUAAUAGAAACUGUGUUCAUUACCCUGCCGAUACUGCUGCAGAUGGGACAGUAAAUGUUCAGCAUUCCUGGAUCAGAAGAAAAUGGACUAAUUAGAUGCUUCCUUUGUCAUAGCGGUUGCUUUGAAAACUAUACUUUAAUGGGAGAAAUCAUGGAAAGAAAUUCCCAGCCGAAUAACAGAAAACUGCUUUUUUGUACUGAUGACUUUUUUUUUUUUGCCGGGGAGGGGGAUAAUAAAGUCUUUUAUUCCUCUCCAUGAGCAUCUGUGACAGCGGACUUGUCUCUUGUUCAUAGAACUCAGAAAGUUUGAGCUCUUGCUUUUGAGGAAGUGGGCUGUUGGCCUCCAAAGGUAACUAGGUGUUUUACAAAGAGCUGUGACUGCAGUGAGGAGAUGGCAGGACCGGCGGAAAAGACCCAAGACGACGGAGGGGGCAUAUUUUGUUAAUCUGUCAGGUUGUGUUUUUGUUUAUGGAGAGAUUAAAUUUGCAUGAUUGUCCAAAAGAGCCUUCUCUGCUUACAGAUGCCAACUUUACAUUCAGGAAUGUGGAAAAUUUCACUUCUUAAGUUACAAGAUCAAACAUAAACAUCCAUUUUAUGAAAAACAAUUGACCAGAAUCUGUGAAUUGAACUUAGUGAUUUGCUGGUAAAUAAGCAGCGCUUGGGUAUUCAUUUUCUCGGCUCUGACGGAAUUUGCUUUCUUUUUCCAAAAUGGAACUUGAUACAAUUGUACGGUUUUUAAAACAAGAGGAAAGCAUUGCAAAGGAAAAACAUGGACAGCUCUUUUCUUGGGAUGUUUUUGGGAGCCGAUUUUCCUUCUGUCAGGUUGCCUUGCGAAGCUCUCUAACCUUGGAGAGGGACUGGCCUUUGCUAUACCAACUGUUUAAUUAAAAUAUAUUGGCCGGGAAACACUGUGCCUCUUGUAUACAGUCCAGCUGAUGGCAGCUUCAGGGGCGAAGGCUGGAAGUCUCAGUGGUGGGCGUUCGACAGACCGACUUUGGAUGAAGUUGCAGCCCAAUCGAAUGGAGGGACCCUUGUCUCUGGCCUGGCUCCUCCCCCAGCCUGGGGCUCAGCGUCCUGCGCAGCACAUCCAAUUCCCUGAUGUGUCGCUCACUUUAGCCCCCAGCUGCCCCAGGGCUCUCUGCAACCAGCACAUACCAAACCACACCACGAGGUUAAGUGAAUCCUGCUGGCCUUUUAAGUUUCCCCUCUUGGUGAGCAAGGCCCCAAGUUUCAGGCUCUCUCCAGGCUUUCUCUGUUGAAUUCCUAAUGUGGGCUGGAUCUUUUUUUUUCUCUUGUUUAAUGUGAAAGUUGAGUUUUGAAUAUCAUCACCUCUUUGCCUAGACCCAAACAAAUACUCCAGCUAGCCAAAAAAACAAUGGUUGGCUUGUGUCUCCUGGUCCAGGGAGCUAGAAGCAUCAGGCGUCUUAGAUUCCAUUCCCAGUGAGCGGCAUCACAGGUGAAGGGUCAUCUUAUGCCUCCGAGCUGCCUCCUAUUAAAUAGGAGUAACACUAUUUAACCUCUCCCUGUCCUGAAGCCAAGCGUGUGAUGGACGAUUUGAGCUUUAAGGUCCUUGGUUUACAGUUGCUGACCAAAUAUGGAAUGUUACCGUUCAGCCGAUAGUCUGGGUGAAGGCAUCUCUCUGAAGUCUAAGGAGGAGAUCUAUGCCUCGGCCCUCAGCUCGCUCCCCGAGGAGGCACAGAUCUUUGGGGAGAUUGGGAAGCCCUCAGCCCUCGCAAGUGGGGCAAGUGGAAAGGAAGUCCUGGCUGUGGACCAGAAAGUCUGGGUGGGGGGCUGUUUUUAGUGGGGCAUACUGUAUUCCAAUUGAGCCUCAGGCUAUUAGAUGGCCAUGGUAGCUCCUGUGAGUCACCCCGUCUGGGAGCCCACUGCUGCAUCAUCUUUUCAAAGGCAUCACCCUUCUCGCUCACCUGUCGGGCCCUGCUUACAUCAGCACUUCUAAUGGCUUGAUUUUUGUAAUGGGCACAAAUUCCCCAGGACUUGUUGACAGGAAUGGGGACCCCUGACUGGUAGCUUGUCAGUUGGCCAGGCCUGGGCACAGAUUUGUGACUCUCUAGAGGUGGUUUCUUGGUCGUUAUUUUGGUGUGUUUUCUUAUAUUUAUCGCUUUUGAAAUUUUUGUUAUAACCUUUUGUUUGUCAAGUGGCUCAAGGUUGGAAAACAGAUCAGGAAUUUAAAUGGUUUGUUAAUUAAAGAUUAAAGCGUGUGGAUCUAA